GUGAGGAGGUGCAAAUACUUUGGGAGUUUUGCCUCUAUUAAUACAUGAUUGAGAGCAUUUGGGUUCAUUCGAGGUCGAGGUCAGCAAGGUCAAGAUGGCACAACAGGGCGCGUCCAUGCAGAAUUACAACAACGAGCUUGUCAAGUGCAUCGAAGAUCUGCGGGAGAAGCGCGAGGAAGUGAACCGCAACAUCCUCAAAGAAGAGGAAGAGAAGGCCAAGAUUCAAAAGGACCUCACGGUGUUGACCGACCGCCUGAGCAAGAUCAACGAGACCCUCGCCCGCAAGACCCAGGCACGGAACGAAUACGACCGCACAAUCCAAGAGACCGAGGCCGCGUACAUGAAGAUCUUAGAGAGUUCCCAGACACUGCUGCAUGUGCUGAAGCGAGAGACUGUCCAGUUGACCAAGAAGAAGCAGACGUCGACGUAGUUCCCAUUUCGUUGUUGUGGCGAAUAUGCUGACAUCAAAAUGAAUUGGAUUUUAGUAAUACUACUACGUAUAGUAGUACUGGUAAGUAGUAACAGUAAGUUGAUACAAAG